ACUCGUUUCUUGUGUCGGUCUGUUGCAAAUUUAUUAACGUUAACGAGGUUAGGUUGCAUUUCAAUAUUCUUAUGAAAACAAGUAGCAAGUGGUUGGGAACUUGGGAAAAUUUAAUUUUAAAGUGUUUAAAAUUGGACUUGAAACUUGAAAAUACAAAAAUGGAGUGGAGUAACUCAUGUCUGUGUGGAGCACCUCUGGGGGCCUAGAUCCAGGCAAAACGUUCAAAGCGAAAGGAGACACGACGUUGUACAAGAGGAGCCAUCAGUGUAAAAUGUCGCAAUCCGGCGACGACCUCCAUUCGUCCCAGUAUUUAUCAUGGAGGAAACUCCAUCUGAGUCGGGCCAAACUCAAAGCUUCGAGCAAGACGUCAGCUUUGUUGUCCGGUUUUGCGAUGGUAGCGAUGGUAGAACUCCAACUUCAGACACCCAUGACCAUUCCAAGCUCAGUCCUAGUCGUAUUUGCGAUCAUUACAACACUGCUAGUAGCAGUCCAUAUGUUAGCACUAAUGAUAAGCACUUGUAUUUUACCAAAUAUCGAGGCGAUUUGUAAUUUAGACGCGAUCGGUCUCGUCCACGAGUCACCCCACGAGAGACUCCAUUGGUAUAUAGAGACCGCGUGGGCGUUCUCAACUUUGCUUGGUUUGUUAUUGUUUCUGGCUGAAAUUGCCAUUCUUUGUUGGGUGAAGUUUUAUGAUAUUAAUAAAACGGCCGCGUGGUCGGCUAGUGUUGUUCUUAUACCAAUUUUGUUUGUAUUUUUAGCUUUUGCGAUACAUUUUUAUAGAUCGCUUGUUGCUCACAAGUAUGAAAUGACAGUUUCGGGGAUUAGGGAGCUUGAAAGGCUCAAAGAGCAGAUCGAGCAGGGGGAUAUUGAGCACAAUAGGGUUAAUGGCGUCAAUGAUUUACUUUCAGGUGUGCACAUUGUUUAAUUUUUCGCUUAUUUUAUAAAUCAUGGCUGUGUACGAAGUUUUCUCAAGACGCCACAGUAGAAUUAUUACGAUUGAUUGCAAUUUUGUAUUUAUGAAAAUGGGUGUAAAUAUUUUAUAUAAGGGGCAAGUUUUUUAAGAAAUUGAGAACUGUGAUCUGUUAUAUUUUUAAGCAUUUUUACAAUAUUAUAUUUUUAUUGAUAACAAA